AUGGCCUACAACCGCGGCAACUACUGCAACAACUGCAACUACUGCAGCCACAACAGCGACGACUACUACCACUACAACUACGACGACGACUACGACAACGACGACAGCGCGUCCACCAAAUGUAACAGUAACACCAGCUCCAACAACAACUACGACAGCUGCACCAACAACAACGACAACUGCAGCGGCUCACUGCAGAUCGAUCCUCGACUUGGCACCACUGCGGCGGCGUUGCAACCACUGAUAACCGGCUACAGCGCACAAGUGCCCUCGUUCGAUACAGCAGUUAGAUUCCCCCGAGAACGCAGGAGUUUGAAACAUAGAAAAUGGAGACUUGAAGAUUUAGUGGGAACUGAGAACGCACAUAAUAAUGCACACAAGAUACGUAAAAGGCAAAGCUGUCGAUGUGUUCCAACGGGCACUUGUGUGACAGGCUCCACUAGCGGCGCCGGUAUGAUCGAUUUCAGAAUAGUGACACCAACGACCGCCCCCUGCCCAGCUGGACAGCAGUAUUGCUGCGGAACCACUACCGCUGCCACCACGAUAGCGUGCGGCGCGCUACAGACGCCACCAGCUACUGUGGUCAUGCCCGCUGCUGGUCAGGCCAGCUUCGGGGAGUAUCCAUGGCAGGCCCUAAUUCUAACAAAGCAAAAUGAUUACAUAGCUGGGGGAGUUCUUAUAGAUCAACUGAACGUUAUAACAGUUACUCAUCGUAUGUCACCUUAUGUUGUUUCAGGAACGGCGCCUAAUGUAAAAGUGCGUUUAGGAGAAUGGGACGCAGCUGGCACAUACGAGCCGGUGCCAUUUCAGGAAUACACCGUGACUAAAGUGUUUACACAUCCAUCCUUCAAUGCUAACACCUUGCAGUACGAUAUUACUGUACUAAGGUUGUCGGCCGCAGUUCCUUUUACUCCAGCAGCUGGUUCAACUACUACUAUUAACAGAGCUUGCUUACCGCCGGCUUCGACCACAACAUAUACUGGUCAACGAUGUUGGGUAUCAGGAUGGGGAAAGGAUAUGUUUGGCCUUCAAGGCCAAUACCAACAGAUAUUAAAGGAGGUAGACGUGCCCAUUGUCGCCCCAGCUACCUGUCAAACGCAGAUGCAAACCGCUCGCCUGGGCGCCACUUUUGUGCUGGACACCACUUCAUUUAUUUGCGCGGGAGGGGAGGCGAGCAAAGAUGCUUGUACCGGUGACGGUGGGUCAGGUCUCGUGUGCCAGGUGAACGGGCAGUGGGUGGUGGUGGGGCUGGUAGCGUGGGGGCUGGGAUGCGCCAGCGCCAACGUGCCGGCCACCUACGUCAACGUCGCCGCCCUGCUGCCCUGGAUACAGCAGCAGGUUGCUACUGCUUGAACACCUGGAUGAAGACUUCCACCCUAGUUCAAGAGAAGUCUUCAACUUUAUAGUCAGGAGAAGCCUUUUCCUAUAGAUUUUUUUAAUAUAAAUUGAAAAAAAAACCAAAAUGAAAUUAAUUAUUUUGAAGUGAAUAUUCACACAGAAAUCGUACGAAUAAAUUUAUUUUAUUCAUACGGUUACUGAAUAAAUGUCGGCAAAUAAAAUUAGACGAAUGUGUUAGUUAGUAGAAAAAUAUUUUUGGAAAAAUAAUUAUACGUAAU